AUGCCAGUUUUCACCGAACAUUCAUCCUCAUCUAGAGACUUGAGAGUCCUACCAUCGUUCGCCCCACCUCUACCUCGACUAGCACCCCCAUUCAAGCCUGAACCUAAAAUUGGCGAGAGAUAUGAAGUAGUCGUGGUCGGCGCCGGACCAGCAGGUCUAAUGCAAAGCCUGCUACUGUCACGCUACGGUCUCAACGAUGCUUCCCUCCUCUGUGUCGACGCCAAGCCCAGCACCCUGAAAUCCGGGCAAGCGGACGGCGUGCAGCCACGGACACUGGAGGUAUUCAAGACGCUAGGGAUCUCAACCGAGAUCGAAAACGAAGCAUGCCAGAUGUGGCAAUUCGCGUUUUGGAAUCCGGCAACCGAUCCAAAAAAGGUGAUUGAGCGUACAGCCGUUGUGCCGGAAGUUAUUCCUGCGGCGCGGUUCAAGUACGAGGCUACUAUCCAUCAGGGACGCAUUGAACGGAUCAUGGAGACUGAUCUGCUGCGGUACUCGGAGCGGGGUAUUCUGCGAAACACAAGGGUUUUGGAUGUGAGCCUUGAUGAGGAGGGUGAUGAUGAAUUUCCGGUGCUGGUGUCUAUGGCUACAGAUGGUAUUGUGAAGGUGAUAAGGACGAAACAUCUCGUUGGUGCGGAUGGGGCUCAUUCUGUUGUCCGUCGCUGUAUGGGUUUGCCACUGGAAGGGGAAUCGCUGGAUCACAUCUGGGGGGUCGUCGAUAUGGUUGCUGAGACUGACUUUCCGGAUAUUCGCAGGCGCUGUGCUAUUCAUUCUCCUGCGGGCUCAAUUAUGAUUAUUCCGAGAGAGAGAAUUUCCACUGGCGAGUACCUUACCCGUUUAUAUGUUCAGGUUCCCGAGGAUGUUGCUCCGGCGUGUGACUUGGUACCGGGUGGAGGAGAGGGUGUCAGGCCUGACGAUGCGCGGCAGCGGAGGAGCAAAAUUACCCUUGAGGGGAUCUUGAAACAAGCUGCAGAUGCUAUACAGCCUUACUCCCUGAGGCCCAAGGACGGUGCUGUGGAUUGGUGGGCGGCAUAUCAAAUUGGCCAGCGUGUCUCGCCUGAGUUUAUUGUGAAGGAUUCGAAGGGUGCGGCGAGGGUUUUUAUCACUGGAGAUGCCUGCCAUACACAUAGUCCAAAAGCCGGUCAAGGCAUGAAUGUCUCGAUGAUGGACUCCUAUAAUUUAGCUUGGAAACUAAUGUACCACAUUAAUGGACUUGCAGCACAACCAACAUGCUCAAACAAACCAACGCUAUUGCUGGAGACCUACCAAACAGAACGUCACCAAAUCGCGCAACAACUAAUCGACUUUGACCGCAAGUUUUCAACCAUGUUCUCGGGCGAAAUGGCCACAACCGAAGGACUGAUGCAGGAAGAACUUCAGCAAGCUUUCGAACUCAACAAUGGGUUUACCAGCGGCUGUGGUGUGGAAUACCCGGAAAACAUGCUAGUUGUUCGGGAUGAGGAUAAUAUCAACAGCCCGAGCCUUAUUCAAGGAACGGAUUAUCUUUCGGGAAUCCUUAGACCGGGGCGGAGAUUACUCAAUGUUCGGCUGCUGCGGCAUGCUGAUGGGUGGCAGCGGGAUAUCCAUGAUGACCUCCCUUCCACUGGCCGAUUCCGCAUCAUGUGUCUCACAUCGGCAGACCUGCUUGAUCAAAACAGUAUCUCUGCACAGACACUGGAGGCAGUCACACUACUGGCCGCACAAUUCCCCAAGUCUGUCGUUGAGCAGAUUAUCCUGCAUCCUAAGUUACAUCGAUCUUUUGAGUGGGAUGAUAUUCCGGCUUGUGUGAAGCAGGAGGCAGAAAUGCGCUUCUAUGAUGGGUCAGUUCUGGAUGAUGCGUAUACUAUUUAUGGAGUGGAUCCGGCACGAGGCGUGUUGCUUGUUGUUAGGCCUGAUGGGUAUGUCGGGGUCGUUGCCUCUCUUGAUGAUGUGCAGAGAGUGGAUAGAUAUCUCAAAAGUUGUAUUCAGACAGUGUCUGGUAAUUGA